AUUCAUAAAUAUUCCAUCAUCAAGCGGUUAAGUAGAUCAUCAUUCUACUCACCAUCCACAACAGGUAACCAGAGUUGAAGUAUCCUCAGAGGCUCAGAGCAGAGAUGAAGUUACUAGGUUGGAUGCAUCGUAAAUUUCGCCAAAAUAGCAGUGAACCACUCAAGGAUUUCACCAUUGGGCAUUCUUGUAAUUGUCUUACAGGGCAUUCAUCAGUGGAUGACCAACAACUCUACUCGAAGCCAAACUAUGGUACCAAGCCAUUCAGGCCAUCCCAGAGAAACCAUAUUCGAAAGUCAUUUGCCGGCAUAGAAGCAGCACGAGUAGAUGAAGAAGACUAUGAAGAGGAUUCAUCAUCAGCAAUGUCUGAGCUAUUCCAUGGCUUUCUUGCCAUUGGCACCCUUGGUUCGGACCCUAACAUUCCUGAUCCAUCAACACCGACAUUUGCUAUCUCUGUAGAGAAUAUAACUGAAAAAGAAACUGAAGUAACAGAGAAUGAACUGAAGCUCAUUAAUGAUGAGUUGGAGAGGGUUCUAGGAGCAGAAGCUAAAGAAGAAGGCUGCAACGAUUCAUCUGGAAGAAACAGUUAUGUCAGCACUGGAAGAAACAGUCAUGUCAGCACUGGAAGAAACAGUCAUGUCAGCACUGGAAGAAGCAGUCAUGGCAGCACAAUUACCCUCAGUGGAAAGCCAAUUGAAGGUCCGGAUUCCAAUGGGAAUGGUACUACAGUUUGUCCACUGCAAGGUUAUCUUUUUGGCUCAGCAAUAGAAUUGUCAGAAACAAAUACAGUGGCCAAAAAGGAACACAGGACCUCACUUGGGGAGCUGUUUCAGAGGACUAAAAUAACGGAGGAGAAUUUGGGGAGUAAAUAUGAAAAGGAGGAAAAGAGAACAGAGAAGGAAGGAGAUAAAUCUGCAGUGCACAUAAUGAAGAAAAUGCUGAAGAAAAAGAUGCUCAAUGCUUCUAGGAGCUCUACUGCAGCCACUGGAGGAAAUAUUGAUUAUGCUUCGGCAGAAACUAAACUGCACAAGAUCUUGCACAUGUUCCACAAAAAGGUUCAUCCUGAAAGCUUAACAACCACAUCUAAGCAUAGCAAGCCCCAAAAUAUUGAGAACAAGGAAGGAAUAUUCUAUGAUGGAGGUCAUGAGAAUGGAGAUCAUAUGCUUGCAGAUGAUGACAUAAUGAUAUAUCCUCAGAGAUCCCUUUCAAAGAACAUAUGGCGCUACAAGAGCCAAUCUAACCCACAUCAAUUCACACUUAGCUGCAAUGAUUCAAAUGGGAACCGCGAGUGCUGGAUCAAAACAGAUGCAGACUACCUCGUGUUGGAGCUCUAAAAGGCAGAAGAAGCUUUCAAGUGUGUGGUUUCCCCACUAUCAACCCUUGAUGGUAUGAAUGAUAAGCUGGUGCUGUUUCCUAAGUUUGAGAUUAUCUAUUACUUGAAAUUAUUAAACUGGUAUUUGAGAGUGGCUAUUUUACUAAAGAGAUUGAAGUAAAUAAAGGAGGUCCGCUUCCUAAAACCAACAUGUGAGAGUGCUUAAUGUAAAAUUGUAAGGCGUUAUCGUUUUCCUACAAAACAAA